AUGGACCAGGAAAAAAUAUCCCAGGAGACAGUCGAGGAUGUCAAGUCCACGGAUUCCGUGCCAGACAUAGAUCCAGCGGCCGAGAAACGACUCCUACUAAAACUCGAUAUUCAUGUCGUGCCAAUUCUCAUGUUUCUAUUCCUACUCGCCUUCCUUGAUCGGAUCAAUAUCGGUAACGCGCGAAUUCAGGGCCUCGAAAAGGAUUUGGGGAUGAAGGGACAUGAUUACAAUAUCGCGCUAUUCAUCUUCUUCGUCCCGCCCUCUUGGUGGUUGAGUGGGAUCAUGUUUUGUUGGGGUGUUGUCACAACAUGCCAAGGCGUUGUAAAGGGCUUUGGUGGCCUCGUUGCAUGUCGAUUCUUGUUGGGUUUGUUUGAGGCUGGGUUGAUGCCAGGCUGCAUCUAUUUGAUUGCUAUGUACUAUAAGCGCCACGAGUUACAGUGGCGAUUCAAUAUCUUCUUCAGCGCUAGUAUUCUGGCUGGUGCAGUCAGCGGACUUCUUGCAUACGCAAUAGCCAAGAUGGAUGGCAUCGGAGGAUACAGCGGCUGGCGCUGGAUCUUCAUCAUCGAAGGUCUACUUACAGUAUGCACUGGAAUUGCUGCCAAGUUCCUUGUCGUCGACUGGCCCGAAACGUCUACUUUCCUAAACGAGGAGGAGCGUGCUCUGCUGCUUCGGCGUCUAUCGGAAGACCGCGGCGAAGCACAAAUGAAUCGCUUUGACAAGCCGGCAAUCAAGCGCACAUUCUCAGAUGUCAAGAUUUAUCUUGGUGCUAUUAUGUACUUUGGGAUUGUCAAUACAGGCUAUGCAACGUCAUUCUUCACCCCCACCAUCCUCCGCCAGCUCGGCUGGACAUCUGUCCGAGCUCAAGUGAUGAGUAUCCCAAUCUACAUUGUCGCGACAGUAAUCGCACUAGCUACAGCCUUUAUUAGCGACCGACUGCGCCACCGAUUCACCUUCACAUUGCUGGGAUGUGUCAUCGCCACCAUUGGGUAUGUUAUUCUCAUCUGUCAGGAGUCAGUGCCAGUUGCUGCCCGAUACUUCGCCCUAUUCGCAAUCACGGGCGGAGGAUAUAUGACGCAGCCGAUCUUGUUGGGCUGGGUGAGUAACAACAUGGCUGGGCAUUACAAGCAAUCUAUCGCUUCAGCCAUGCAGAUCGGCUUUGGUAACUGUGGCGGUCUGGUCGCUAGUAAUGUGUUCUUUGACUCGGAAGCUCCAACCUACAGAACCGGGUUCGGUACCAGUCUAGGGAUGGUCUGGAUCUGUGGUGUGGCAUGUAUUGUCUUCUUUGGUUAUGAGGAGUUGGAGAAUGCUGGGGAUGAUCAUCCCAGUUUCCGGUUUACUUAUUAA